AAACAUAUUUGAUCUAUCAAGCCGGGAGUCACCAAAAACACAAACACAGAGAGAGAGAGAGAGAGAGAGAGAGAGAGAGACUUGGGAGAUGGAGAAGGAGACGAAACAAUCGAAAUUCAAAAGGAUUUGUGUGUUUUGUGGGAGUAGCCAAGGCAAGAAGAGCAGCUACACAGAUGCCGCCUUAGAACUUGGAAGAGAGCUGGUGUCGAGGAACAUUGACCUGGUGUACGGUGGUGGAAGCAUCGGUCUGAUGGGCCUUGUUUCCAGAGCCGUCUACAAUGGCGGCCGACAUGUCAUUGGAGUGAUUCCCAAGACCCUUAUGCCUAGAGAGCUGACUGGAGAAACGGUGGGAGAAGUGAAGGCGGUGGCAAACAUGCACCAGAGGAAAGCAGAGAUGGCUAGACAUUCAGAUGCUUUCAUUGCCUUGCCCGGUGGGUACGGGACUCUUGAAGAGCUUCUGGAAGUGAUAACGUGGGCUCAACUUGGCAUCCAUGACAAGCCCGUGGGAUUGCUGAACGUGGAUGGGUACUACAACUCCUUACUGUCGUUCAUAGACAAAGCAGUGGAGGAAGGCUUCAUCAGCCCGAGCGCUCGCCACAUCAUCGUCUCUUCUCCUUCGGCUAAGGACUUGGUCAAGAAGAUGGAGGAGUACUUUCCACGCCAUGAAAGGGUUGCUUCCAAGCUAAACUGGGAGACUGAACAACUGGGACACAACCCAAAAUGCGACAUCUCCAGAUGAGAGAGACCUGACUCGUGAGGGACUCUCUUCUCUCCCUCCCUCUGUCUCCGUCUCUGUCUCUGAAGGAAGAAGGAAGGAGGAGGAAGAGACAAACACGUCUGCCACUCCUCCCCUCCGUUCGUUUCCUAACUGGGUCGUGGAAACUAACUUUGAAAUUCUGAAUUUUUAUGUGAACUGCUUCAUUGUGGAGGAAGAGAUGAUUACAUCUUCCAGAGUUUCUCAUGUGAAAAAAAAGAAGAGAGGGAUGGAUUUGUAAAAUUGUGAUUGUGUUAUCUUCCUCAUUGUUCUUCA